AUGAGUAAGACUUCGGAGACAUCGGUGACAGAAGAUCCUCAUAACGAUUGGUGGUACCAUGCAUUGAAUAGAAUUGAGGAAAUUCACACGGAAAACAACGACAAAAUAGGAAAAGUAUCUAAAAAAACUACCGAAAAUAAAUCAGUUAAUUUAAUCAAAACUGACAAG